GUUACAUAUCAAAACUAGCGACGGAUGUAACAAGCAAUAAGUAAAUAAUACUUUACUUCCUGUCAUUCUUUAUCAAAUUUAUUUUCUGCUACGAAAGGCAGCAAGUACCAUCAAGAUAACUUGUUUAUGAAAAGUAUCAUACAAAAUGUCCGACAUUUCAAAAGGAUACUGGUUUUUCGAAACGUCCGACAUGGAGAAAAAAUAUACCGUUGUUGAUUUACGAAGCGAUACACUUACCAAACCGACUAAAGCGAUGCGACUUGCUAUGUUCAACGCAGAAGUAGGAGAUGACGUUUACGAGGAAGAUCCGACAGUAAAAAAAUUAGAAGAAAAGGCUGCGACAUUGAUGGGAAAAGAAGCUGCGCUUUUCGUUACUUCCGGGACAAUGGGAAAUUUAAUCGCCAUUAUGACUCACUGCGACGUACGUGGAAGCGAGGCUUAUUGCGGCGAGGAAUCUCAUACGAUUUUACACGAGCAAGGUGGUGCUGCUCAAUUAGGAGGUGUAACUUUAUGUCCUUUACCAAAUAACCCUGACGGAAGCUUCGAUCUAGCAUUACUUCGAAAUAAACUUCGUAACGAUAGAUUGCACGAACCGAUCUCGAAAUUGGUAAUCGUAGAAAAUACGAUUAAUGGUAAGAUCGUACCACAGGAUUGGAUCAUAGAAUUGGCUGGAUUAGCCAAAUCUUGCGAUCUUAAAUUACAUUUAGAUGGAGCAAGAAUAUGGAAUGUUGUAACGGCAUCUAACGUGUCGGCUAAAGAUCUCGUGUCCGUAUUCGAUUCGGUCACGUUUUGUUUAAGCAAGGGUUUGGGGGCACCGAUCGGUUCCUUAUUAUGCGGAAACAAAUGCUUCAUCAAGAAAGCAAGGAGAAUACGAAAGGUUUUAGGUGGAGGAAUGAGACAGGUUGGUAUUAUCGCGGCUGCUGGACUCGUGGCUCUAGAAGAAAUCGUACCUUUGUUGAAAGAAGACCAUAAAAGAGCAGCUCUCAUCGCACGAGCGAUCAACGAUUUAAACUCCGAAACGUUCACCGUCGACGAGAAAACUGUACAGACAAAUAUAGUUUUUGUAAAUAUACGUUCUAAAUUCAUAACUUCGGUGAAUUUUGCAGAAAGGCUUCUACAAGUUCAAGAGGAUGUGGAGGACGAUCGAAUAAUGAUAAAAUGUUUGCCUCUAACGAGAACGACCGUUAGAUUUGUCUUAUACCAUGAAAUUACCGACACGAUGCUGGAAGCGGUCAUACGUAAAAUCACCUACGUUAUCAGAAGUAUGGAUGUGAACGAAUAGUCAUAGAUCUAAUAAAUGAAUGAACAACGA